CGGUAGCUGACCAUCGCCCAGGAGACGUGCGAAACUAAUAAUGUCAGUUAAGCUUGUACCACAAUGCACGGCAGAUGCGUUGGCCGUGUCCUGUGCGCGGUACUGUUCGUGAUCUGGGCCGGGACUUCCGCACAGCAAACCACUACCGGUGGCACUGGCGUUCAGAGCUGCACGACAAUCAACGGGUACGCUGGCCAGUGCCUUCCCCAGUCGGAAUGCGAUGAAGAAGCACGGAUAGAUCUUCGCACUUCCGAUACCUGUUCCAAGGGUUACCACUGUUGCGCGACGAACACCCUUCCUGGGGGACCAGCGAAACCUCCUGCCACCCGGAUACUGGAGUGUGAUGGAGGACGGGGAUACUGUGUUCUCAAGAGCGAGUGUCAGGUUCGCGUUUUCCGGUUGCGUACCAACGCUUGCGCAACGUAUAAAGAGGUGUGCUGCCCGAAGGAGUCCACCACUGUUGAGCAGGUCGGAGGAAUGACGAACGGCAUAUUGCCAGCAGCAACGCCAACACCGUCCGUCACCACAUGGAAACCGUCGGAAGAGAUCGCUUCGACUCCAGACCCCGAACUUCCAACCACGGUAAUGGGCGAUCUGGAUGAGAUCAUCGAUCAGCACGGCAACGGAACGGAAAGUGAAGAACACGCUACCGAACCAUUACUAACGUCCGGUGGAACCAUGCCACCAUCGUCGUCGCCACCGGAAUCCCCAUCAACAAUGGCCGCAUCACCUUCGCCCGAUGCUGGAAGCAACAGUACGCUGGUGCUUAAACCGACCGUAUCCAGCGCGCUGUUCAGCUACACAGAGUGUGGGCAACGGACCGCCAAUGGUAUCGCUGAGCGAUCGUUGAACGUCCUGGACCGCACCGAGUACGGAGAGAUUCCGUGGAUGGCGGCCCUUUUUGCAAUGCCUCAAAAGCGCUACUGCUGCAACGGUGCCCUCAUCAGCGAGCGGGCCGUGCUGACGACUGCGUACUGCCUUGUCCUUUGCGAUCGUGCCAAGGAUCAAUUGCGAGUUCGACUUGGCGAGUGGGAUCUGAACGCAAGUGUCGAGCCUCUGGCUCCGGUGGACUACGGAGUGCAGCGGGUUCACAAACACGCCGGCUUUCAGUUUACCUCGAUGAUCAACAACAUAGCCGUACUGGAGUUAACCGACCACGUCACCUACGGUCCUACCGUUCAACCCGUGUGCUUGCCAUUGCCGGAAUAUUCGGUGCGUAGUACGGAAAACAUCCUGGUCACCGGAUGGGGUGCUACGGUGCAACCGGUGGAGGCCCAAUCCACGGGAUCGAACAUCCUCAAGACGGUCCUAUUGCAUUCCAUCGAUCGGACCAUCUGUCAGAAGGAUCUACGAAAGCGCCAUCAGCCUGGUAACUUCCGACUCGACGAAAGUUUCGUUUGCGCCAGUACGCAGCUGGACGAGCGGCCCUGUAGCGGUGAUGCAGGAGCACCGGCUGUGAUCGAAGUGCCCCGUUCCGACGAUCGCUACUACAUUCACGGUUUGGUUUCGUGGGGCCACGGAUGCUACCAGAACGUUACCGUACACACUGUCCUCACGGGCGUCGCUCACUUCCGGAAGUGGAUUGCUAAAACGCUGAAAAAAAUUAAUUAACCACCGCGAGGAUGAGAAUAAAACCACAGAGUUCCUGUUCAAGCGCGUGGCUUUAUUAAUCUCCGAACUCCUCCGUCCGUUGAUAGGUGUAGCUCCACGGGCUGAGAUGCUCGCUUCGUAUCACCUCAUCGAUCCACGCUCGAUUGUACGCCACAUUGGUCAUCACGGCCGGUGCGUUCGGGUGGUUGCAGUCGAAGCCCCACGAGAUGAGCCCCACCAGAUAGUACCGCUCGCUGCCCCGUUCGAUCUCCGCCAUGUACGGCGAUCCGUUGUCCCCGUUGCACGGUAACAUCUCCGGCGGUGUACCCUCGGCACACCGAAAGCUUGGGUGCAGCGUGAACUUUGGCCCCACCAGCUUGCGCAGCUUCCGCUGGCAGGACUCGUGGUCUAAG